CUCGAAACGCCCAGUUCGUGUUUCAAAAACCCAACCCUCUUUUUCUGAGAACAUCUCUGUCCUGCACGUUCAAUGAAGUACACUCUUGUUUCCGUACCUGCAUUAGGCCAGAGCCAAAACACGCUCUUGAACAUCAAGAGCAAAUUAGCCCCAUUUGCCGAGACUCAUCCUUUCAACAUUCCCGAGUUUAAGAUUGGCACAUUGGACGCUCUUGUGCUUUUGUCGGAUGACCUCACUAAACAUGACAACGCAUUUGAACAAGCUGUUAACAAGCUUGCAGAUAUCCUUGGUAACUUGGUCAAAGGACAGCCCGACGCUUUAGUUCAGGACUUUUUGUUGGUGAACGACAAGACGGUGGAUCAAUAUGUGAAUACAUUCCAGUGGAACAGCAUGAAAUACCGUACCGAUAAAUCGCUUCAAGAAACCACGUCGAUGUUGACGCAAGAAAUGACGUCGAUGGAUAAUUUGAUAAAGAACAAGAUGAAUGCGUAUACCCAAAACAAAAAUGCUCUUCAGGCACUUCAGCGCAAGCAAACUGGCAAUCUGUCAGUGAAGAACUUGAACGGCAUUGUAAAGAAGGAACACUGUGUGCUGAACUCAGAGUACCUUACGACCUUAUUUGUUGCUGUACCAAAGACCCAAUACAAGCAAUGGAAUAACACGUACGAGACACUCGUUUCCAUGGUCGUUCCUCGUUCUUCUGUCAAGAUCUCCGAGGAUUCAGAAUACGGUUUAUUCUCCAUUACAUUAUUCCAGCGUGUGGUGGAUGAGUUUACUCACAAGGCUCGUGAAGAAAAAUUUAUCGUAAGAGAUUUCCAGUUUGAUGAAGACGCAUUGAGACAACAAGAACGCGAGCUUUUGGAGACCGAAGAAACGGAACGUGAACAACAGACUGAAUUGAUCCGUCUGUCGCGAACCAACUUUAGCGAAAUGUUUUCUUCGUGGGUGCAUUUGAAGGCACUUCGUGUGUUUGUCGAGUCUGUGCUAAGAUACGGAUUGCCACCAGAUUUCACUUGCGUCACCAUUGCUGCUGAGCCCAAGUUUGAAGCCAAGGUGGAUCAGACACUUGUGGAACAGUAUGGUCAUCUCGGCGGUGUGCACGGUAUGAAUAAGCAACAGCGACAAGAAAACAAUGAAGAACUCUUGGACCACGAAUUGCAAUCGGUCAACAGCACUGGCUACCGACCUUAUGUGCAAUUUGAGCUUGAAUUUGACCUGGAGCGUAGAUAGAGAAGCAAGAAAAGAUGUAUAAAAAUUCCUACCCUUUUAUCCAGACCCAAUCCCUCAACCCACCCCCAACCAGUCCAUACACCUGCCAUUUUUCACACUGACCAAAGAUCGAUGAAACAACAAGAAUAACUGUACUUAAAGCAAAGAACACGAAGCAGGAAAAGAAAACCCGAAAAAAAAAGGGAUCACUCGUGGUGCUCGAAAGCUUAUUGGAUCAAUCCAUAUAUUAACUAGAAACAAAGUACUUGCGUACAUACAGAUUUCAUGCCGAUCCCUGACGGUUCCCAUGGCCGUUGUUGUUAUUGUUUUUGUUGGCAAAACAUUCAAGGGACACGGUACCCAACAGCUUCUUCGAGCCGCCGCUAUCGAAACGGCUUAUACAGAAGAGUCGCUUGCUAUCAUGCUUGUGAUGGAGAAAACUAGUUGUGGUAGCGGCAAACGUGUGGAUCUGGAAAUC